AUGGCACCGACAACACAGAAGGAGGCUGCAUCCCGAAAGGGAGACUACGACGCAGUCCGCCGCGACAUCGCAUCCAUUCUCAAGCAGCCCGACUACGACGACGGAAGCAUCGGACCCGUCCUCGUCCGGUUGGCGUGGCAUGCGAGUGGAACGUACGACAAGGAGUCGAACACGGGUGGCUCGAACGGUGCGGGCAUGCGGUACGAGUGCGAGGGAGGCGACCCUGCCAACGCCGGCCUCGAACACGCCCGCCGCUUCCUCGAGCCGAUCAAAGAAAAGCACCCGUGGAUCACCUACGCCGACUUGUGGACUCUCGCGGGCGUCACGGCUAUCAAGGAGAUGGGCGGGCCAGAGUGCGCAUGGAAGCCGGGAAGGACCGACUUUGUCGAUGACAGCAAGUGCCCUCCCCGCGGCCGCCUCCCCGACGGCGCCCUAGCAGCCGACCACCUCCGCCACGUCUUCUACCGCAUGGGCUUCAACGACCAAGAGAUUGUCGCGCUCGCCGGCGCGCACUCGAUGGGCAGGUGCCACUCGGAUAGGUCGGGCUUUGAGGGCCCUUGGAGCGUCACGCCGACUAAGUUCUCGAACCAGUACUACAAGCUCACCAAGUUCAAGUGGGAGAAGAAGCCGUGGCAGGGACCUAUCCAGUUCAAGAACGAGGAUCUCGGCGAAGUUGAUGAUGCUCCCUACCGAUAUGGCGCUCAUCGAGGACAAGGAGUUCCUCCCUUACGUCAAGAAGUACGCCGAGGACCGCGAGGCGUUCUACGACGACUUUGCAAAGGUGUUUGCGAAGCUGAUCGAGCUGGGCGUCGAGCGCGACGGCAAGUACGAGAGUGCGCCGACGUUCUCGCAGGAGGCGGGCGACAAGAAGGAGCAGGAGGCCAAGAGUAA